AAAAGACGUUUCCCGCCGGCGGGAGCUGCGGUUGUGGCGGCAAGGAGAGCUCCGAGGCGGCGGGGACCGGCGCCGCAGCACCAUGGCGGACCAGCUUUAUCUGGAAAAUAUAGACGAGUUCGUCACGGACCAGAACAAGAUCGUGACAUAUAAAUGGCUGAGCUAUACGCUAGGGGUUCAUGUUAACCAGGCCAAACAGAUGCUGUAUGAUUAUGUUGAAAGGAAGCGAAAGGAAAAUUCUGGAGCCCAACUUCAUGUCACCUAUUUAGUGUCCGGCAGUCUCAUUCAGAAUGGACAUUCUUGCCACAAGGUUGCAGUAGUGAGAGAAGAUAAAUUGGAAGCAGUGAAGUCCAAGCUAGCUGUGACUGCCAGCAUCCAUGUGUACAGCAUCCAGAAAGCCAUGCUAAAGGACAGUGGGCCUCUGUUCAAUACCGACUAUGACAUCCUUAAAAGCAACUUGCAGAACUGCAGCAAGUUUAGUGCCAUACAGUGUGCAGCUGCAGUCCCUAGAACUCCUGCUGAAUCCUCAUCUUCUGAAAAGUUCGAGCAGACAAAUCUUCAGAUGUCAAGUGAGACACAAGCCAGUAACGAAUUGACCGCCAAUGGUCAUGGCCCACCUACCUCCAAACAGACUUCCCAGCAGCCCAAAGGGAUUAUGGGAAUGUUUGCCUCUAAAGCUGCUUCAAAAAUCCAAGAUGCCAACAAGGAAACCAAAACAGAGGCUAAAGAGGUUACAAAUGCAUCUUCGGCAGGCAACAAGGCACCAGGGAAAGGGAAUGCAAUGAGCAAUUUUUUUGGAAAAGCUGCUAUGAAUAAACUUAAAGUCAAUUUGGAUUCAGAGCAAGCAGUGAAAGAAGAAAAAAUAGUGGAGCAACCUCCAGUGUCUGUCACUGAACCAAAGCUGGCAGCCCCUGCAGGCCUCAAGAAAUCCACCAAGAAAGCAGAGCCUGUUAAGAUGCAACAGAAGGAAAAAAAAAGGGGGAAGCGAGUGGAGUUAUCUGAUGAUGAGACAAAAGAAACUGAAAACAUGAAGAAAAAGAGGAGAAGAAUCAAACUUCCUGAGUCUGAUAGCAGUGAGGAUGAAGUCGUACCAGACUCUCCUGGCGCUUAUGAAGCUGAGUCACCAUCCCCACCUCCUCCUCCUUCUCCAUCUCCGGAACCAGUGCUGAAGACUGAGCCAGAGCCUUCUUCCAUCAAGAGCUCAAAUGGAGAAAACAAAAGAAAACGAAAGCGCGUGCUGAAAUCUAAAACCUUUGUGGAUGAGGAUGGCAGCAUAGUGACUGAAAAAGUCUAUGAGAGUGAAUCCUGCACAGAUAGUGAAGAGGAGCUUAAGAUGAAGACAUCCUCUGUACACAGACCCCCAGCCACAACUGUGAAAAAAGAACCCAAGGAGGAACGAAAGGGCGCUAAGAAAGGGACUGCUGCUCUGGGCAAGGCCAACAGACAAGCAUCCAUUACUGGCUUCUUCCAGAAGAAGUGACUUGCUGUCUCUGUUGGGUCAGAGACGUGGAGUGGUCAAGGGAGAAGACCAAGACAUACGGACUCUCACUUACUGUGUAAGUUCAUCCAGCGCCUCACCUUGCCUGUGUCAAAAGACCGUUCUUCCAUCCUGUAAGGUUUAUACUGCUUCUGGUUUUAACCAAAAGGAAAUCACCUGGAAGCAAGAGGCAAAAGAAUAUUUAAAAAGCUGUUAACUUCUAAUGACAUUUUUUAAGCACAAUCUUUGACCUGUCCAGGAGAAGAAUUUACUCCAAAAAUAAAUUGGAACAGGUUUCAGAGUUA